GCGGUGAGGCUGGCCGCCCGGUGUCAACUCGGGAAAUGGGUGCUCUGCCGGUCUGCUGGCGCCGGGGGCGGGGAAAACGCGCUCCUCUCGCGCUGGCCCCGCCCCGGAGCCGGCGGGAGCGCGGGGCCGCCCCCUUCCUCCCUCGCUGGCGCUGGGCUGAGCCCCGAGCCGAGAAACCGAGUUGGCCCUGAGCUCCCUGUUUGGUUUUUGGGCGGUGGCAGCCGGAGGAGGAACAUGGCGCUCGUAGGCAACGGAGCAGAGCUGGAAGCGGACGAGGACAUCUUUGAAGAUGCCUUGGAAACCCUCUCUAUGCCUUCCCGAGUGGAUAUGGCAACAAGCAGCCAACAUUUCUCAUCAUUUGAUACAAGACAGGCAUCUGGACAGCAUCGAACAUCUAAUGUGAAAAGGUCUUCUAAUGCAUUUGUAAAAACAAGCACUUGUAAAUUUAUUGUGGAGCAGCCCAGAAGGACAUCUGCCGAGUUGAGCAGUGCUUCAAACUUGAGCAAGUCGCCGUCAACCAAGGUAGAUCUCAGGAGUGGCCUGGAAGAAUGCUCAAUGGCGUUGAACUUAUUUCUAAGUAACAAAUUUACUGAUGCCUUAGAAUUGCUUCAACCAUGGGCGAAGGAGAGCAUGUACCAUGCCUUGGGCUACAGCACCAUUGUGGUGCUGCAGGCCGUCAUGACCUUCGAGCAGCAGGACAUUCAGAAUGGCAUUUCUGCCAUGAAGGACGCCUUACAAACCUGCCAAAAAUAUAGGAAAAAAUGCACAGUUGUAGAAUCUUUUUCCAGUCUUCUUUCUAGAGGAUCAUUGGAACAGCUGACUGAAGAGGAAAUGCAUGCCGAAAUCUGUUAUGCCGAGUGCCUCCUGCAGAAAGCAGCCCUCACGUUUGUGCAGGAUGAAAAUAUGAUCAACUUCAUCAAAGGUGGACUCAAAAUUAGAACAAGUUACCAAAUAUAUAAAGAAUGUCUUUCUAUCCUGCAUGUAAUUCAGAAGAACAAAGUUGAGCAACAGUUCUUCUCUGAAUUUGAAGGAGGUGUCAAGCUUGGAAUAGGGGCCUUUAAUUUGAUGCUGUCCCUUUUACCAGCACGGAUUAUCAGACUACUAGAAUUUAUAGGAUUUUCUGGAAAUAGGGAGCUGGGCAUCCUGCAGUUACGGGAAGGUGCAUUAGGAAGAAGCAUGAGGUCUCCACUCUGCUGCUUAACUAUACUAGCUUUUCAUACUUACAUCUCCCUGAUACUUGGUACAGGAGAAGUGAAUGUUGUGGAAGCAGAGAGUCUCCUUGAACCCUACCUCCAGCAGUUUCCAAAUGGCUCACUCAUGCUGUUUUAUCACGGCCGGAUAGAGCUGCUGAAAGGGAAUGUGGAAGAGGCACAAGAGAUAUUUCGAAAAUGCAUUUCAGUUCAAGAAGAAUGGAAACAGUUUCACCAUCUCUGUUAUUGGGAGCUGAUGUGGAUUUUUGUAUUCCAACAAAACUGGAUGGAGGCCUAUUACUAUUCAGAUCUGCUUUGCAAAGAGAGUAAGUGGUCCAAGGCAACAUAUGUGUUCUUAAAAGCUGCAAUUUUGAGUAUGCUUCCAGAGAAGGACGUGGCAGCAACUAAAGAGGAUGUGGUAGCUCUGUUCAGACAGGUGGAUGGCUUGAAGCAGAGGAUCGCUGGGAAAUCUAUCCCCACUGAGAAGUUUGCCGUGCGGAAGUCUCGCCGGUACUCUCCCUCGUUGCCUGCGCCCGUGAAGCUCGUCUUGCCUGCCCUGGAAAUGAUGUAUGUCUGGAACGGUUUCCCACUAGUGAGCAAAAGAAAAGACCUUUCUGAAAAUCUGUUGGUAACUGUUGAAAAGGCGGAGACAGCUCUACAAAAUGAAAACGCCAGCGACUACUCUGUCGAUGAUGAGUGCUUAGUGAAACUGCUGAAAGGAUGCUGCCUGAAGAACCUGCAGCGGCCCUUGCAAGCGGAAUUAUGUUUCAAUCAUGUUAUCCAGAGUGAAAAGCUGCUGAAGUAUGACCACUACCUAGUGCCCUUCACUCUGUUUGAGCUGGCGUUUUUGUACAAAAACCAAGGGGAAGUUGACAAGGCCACAAAGGUCCUAGAAACUGCAAGAAAUAACUACAAAGAUUACUCACUGGAGUCCAGACUACACUUCAGAAUUCAGGCAGCUCUUCACCUCUGGAAAAAGUCUUCCUCAGAUUGAUCAGAGCAUGAACGGUGGAAUUUUCUCUCAGUUAGUACCGGCAUCUGCUAUAGAUUAGACCUUGCAUUAAAGUGGAAACGUGGUCUUGUGAAUGAGAGACAAAAAACUAAUUUUACUGUCAAUAUUUUCUAUCAUCUGUGUGGUUUACAGCUGUUCUACAUAAAUGUUUUUCCCCCUAUGGAAUGAUGCUCAGUGAUAUCUAGAGAACUCUUACACUUUGCCUCUCCAGAAAGAAUUUCAUAGCAGAUUUGAAUCGGAGAGUGAAGAAGUCUUUUAAAGGACUCACAGGUACAAUAAAGUCUAAUUAGAUUAUUUUUUUUAAUGUGGAAAUGGUUAUUGUUUAAGUAGGAAAUGGCUUACAACCUGAGCCAUUUUUAGAUUUGUUGGCCGGUUAAACUUCAGAGAUAUUUUGCUGCGUAAUAUUUAAGUUUCAGAGGAGAAAUAAGAAUCGCCUACAUUCAAAAUAGCUUAGUGACCUUCUGAAGACUCUUGAAAAAGACAGGCAGUGGGUGUGAAUCGGGGAGGGCAAUGUAGGUAAUGGGCUGAAAAACCUGUAUUUAGAAGAGAUGAUGAAAGGUGGUUUUUAUUCCUCAUGUAGGCUAAAGGUGGUGACGUGUUUGAGAGACUAUCUUGUUUUUGAAUGUACUUGUCUAUUAUUGUUGUAACAAAAUUCAAAAACCUCUGUGUAUCUAAAGGGAAGAAGAGGUUCUAUUUUAGAAAUUAUCCUCAACCUUAAAAGAGCCUAAAAGAUAUAUGUAGAUUAUUUUUCUUACAGGAAGCGAAGUUCCUGCUUCUUUAAAUGACAUGUAAAAUACCAAUAAUUUUUACACUCAUAAUGUUGGUGAGUCAGGUCUAAUUUUCUAAUCUCUCUAGCACUGUGAUGGUUCCUUGUAUAUAUCUGGACUGUGCUUAGUCCUUCAGUUUGGAAACACAAUCAGCGCAUGGAGCGGAAGAGAGCUGGACUCUGCGCGGUCCUGGCUCUGCUGUCGGUAGCAGUUACCGGCGUGACCUUUAGGGAGUUGCCUGCUCUCUGCAUCACCAUAUUUUCCUCAUCUGUGAAACGGGAAAGAAAGGAUGACUUCCAAAGUCUUUUUCAAUUUUAUAACUGUGGGUCUGUGUCUUAGGUAUUUAUUUUCAGCGAACAAUGUUAAAAUGUUUAAUCAAAACCAUUCCCACUAGGUGUGUGUUUUAUUUUACAUUCAUCACUGCCUCCACUCCUGCCUCCUCCACUCUCCGAUAUGUACGUACAGCGGCUAAGGACAAGAUUGCCUCCAGAGCAGCAAGAAACAUUUCGUGAAUGAAUGAAUCAGGGUUUCGUCUUACUUCUGUUUUGAAGAAUAACCUGUCACAGCUGCUUCUACAGUUUAACAAAAACAGCCCCAGAUUGGCCGUCAGGAGCCCAUCUCUGCUAGUUAACAGUUCCUCAACAUGGAGCUGGUCGUUCACCCUUUUCCUGGGACUCCGUUUCCCCAGUGGGGAGAGCAACACAGCGUGGUACUCAGUCAGUUAGAUAACUCAUAUGGUCGCUUUCCGUACACUGUGAAAGGCUGUGUGAAUAUGAGUUGUAGGAAUAGUUACAGUUUUUAUGUUUGGAUUACAGUAUCAAAACAAAAGUAUCGGCUAAGUCUGUGGUCUCUGAUGUAAAAUGUUAAAAAGCAUGGAAAUUCAAACCGGCUUAAAUUUAUUCGUGUGUUUGGCACUGACAGUAGCUCAUGUUAUGAGUUUGCUCCUUGCUGUUUAUUCCCUGCUACAUGAACCUGUAUCCAGCAGGUAUUUGGGCUUGUUCUCUUUAAGUACUGAUUCUUGGCCGAUACCGAGGACAAAUUUCCAAUGGAAGAGGAUGAAUACGACUUGAGUUGGAGUACCACCUCUUCAGAGAGUAUUGGUGGUAGAUUUCAUCAUGUGCUAUUAAUAUGAACUAAAUAACUUUAGGUCCAGACAGGAGAGGAAAUAAAUGAACUGUCAUUACAAUUAGUAGCAGAAAAUCCGUUCAGCAGUUGCUUUAUACAUUACUUGGAAAAAAAGUGUACAAAUGUCUUGGAAGAGCUUUGGUAGCAUUACUGUUUUAAAGGUUGAAUGCUCAUAUUGCUUUUGUGGGAUGCUGCAAGUCAGAGCAAAACGUCAGCAAAACAUCUUUCUGGUGUAAAGUGAAAACAGUCUCAGCUAAUGGUAGUUUUUAAAAAUUAUUUAGAUUCUGUAUUACCAAAACAAGUAUAAAAAAUUCGUGUCUCCCAUUAAGACUUUUUCCUUUGUUAUUUUUUCUUACUUUGUCUGUUUUUUAUUUCCUGUUCUUUUGUGGCUCCCUGAUAAUCCAUCCAAUGGAUUUUAAAAUGUUGUAGUAUCACCAGUGCUACAGAUAAUUCUUCUGCUUCCUGCCACGUUCAAGAAACCAUGGCGGCACUAGUUUCUUGUGACAUCGGCUAAUGCUACAUUUCUGGAGUAAUUUUGUGAUUCAGGGUGUUCUGUGAAGAGUUAGAACAGAAGUGACAAUGUUCUAUCCGCUGUUUUAAAGGGCGUAUGUGAGGAGGUUGGGCUGCCAAUGUGUCUGACAGUUUGUGUGAUCUGUGUGGUUCUUGGUACAACUGCCUUUUUUUAUUUAAUGGAGAGCCAGGGUUCUGAUUGGUGCUGCGUAAACUUGAAACUCAAGUAGAGGUUAUGCUUUGUAGGACUGGUAACAAGGAAAGCAUGAUUUCCACUUGACAGGAAGGUUAGCUAUAUCAGCUCUUAGAUGAACAUAUAUUUUAAUGUUUCUGUGCUUCUGGCUACCAGAAGUCCCCACGUUACACAGGGAUAGAAAGUUCCUUGAUUCUCUGACUCUUCUACCAGUGGGUAGGAGGGGUAGGGAGGUGAAUUCCAGAUUAAUCAAUGUCAAAGAAGAUUUUUAAUCAUUAAAACAAUACAAGAUUAUCACCAUCUCUUUUGCAAAGGCAUGUUUUGCUGAGCUAUGUGACUAUCAUUCCUACGUGGCCUGGAACUUUGCAGUUGAACUUUGAGGUCACUGUUAAGUCUUUGAUCAGACUUUCAAAUCAGUGGGAUGUGUAUAAAGAAGAAAGUUACCCCCUUUCAAAGAAAAGUGUGUUUCUUCUUUCGAAGCUGCUGUUAGAAGUAGUUACAUUGUGAUGGGCACUGAUAGCCCCUGCUGUUAGUCCUCAUUAUGAUCCCACUUCUCAUCCAUUCCUUUAAAGUGAGUCUGCUGAGGUUUUCAAAUGGAGAUUUUUCUCCCUUUGGACAUUAAAAAUACUAACUUUGAAAAGUUCUUUGUGAUCAACUGGAAAAAUUUCUGGCAUUAUUCUGAUUAAUUUUUCAUUGAUUUUUUUUCAUACUUCUGGUUUUGUCCUAGUUACUCUCAAUAUAUAUGUAAAUCAUAAAUUCAAAUACACUGAUUUAAAAUGAGUUAAUGAAGACCCCAGUGAUUGCUUUGAUGCCCAAAGAUUUUGUGAGUCCUAGAUUGUGGAAAGGAUCUUGGGAAAUUAUCUCUUCCUCCCCAACCUCUAACGGUGUUGUUUCUCCUUCCUUCCUGCUCCGUCCAGUAUGGUAGCCACUGGCCACUUGUGAGAUGUGACCGUUGGCACAUGUUGGAAUGAUGCUGAGUAUCAGGGGGCAUUCGUUUAUACAUGCCUUCCAAGGUUAUGCUUCUGGCUUUUACUUGCUGUCUACUCUGAUCACCUAAUCCCUGUGGGUGCAUUCUCAGUCGUGGUUCAAAUAUAUAUUUGUGAGUUUUGCUUUCUCUCUUUAAGUGCCAUAAACUUUUAUCUCAUCCUGUUUAUUCUGCAGAUGGUGAUUAGUCAUUGGCAUGUUUGUACAUUUUCACUCUUCCCCCGCCCCACCUCCCAGCUCCUUAUAUACUCGAUUGAGACUUUAUUUUUAAAUUAUUAUUUUAAUCUGAUUUUACAGAUCUUCCUUGCUUUUUGAGAUGUAACAGUACAAACUGUUCCAGUUGUAGAGGAAGUGACUCUCACCUUUGAGAUAUUAGUAGAUUUUAUGAGUAAAAUAAUAUUUUCUAAGAUUAACCUUACUCUGAAAGAUGGGGUGACUUUUCAUUUCCUUCGUAUUAUCAAAGUUUCAGCAUUGACUCAGCUAGGCCAGUAUUCUUCUUUAGAGACUCUUAGACACUAGGUACCCACUUAGAGAAUAAUUUGGCAGAGAAUUUAUUUAAAAUUAUAUAUUUGCCUUUGCUGCUUGUUAUUAAUACCUUUAAUGUGUAUGAAACCAUAGGGAUAUGCAUACAUAUAAU